AACUUUGGAAGGUACAUACACCAGCAUAAACCAACCCCCUUUCAAGAUCUACAUUAUUUUAUUUAUUCAUUUAUUUUUUUGAGACAGUUCCUCCCUUGUUGCCCAGGCUGGAGUGCAAUGGGGCAAUAUCAGCUCACCGCAACCUCUGCUUCCCAGGUUCGAGCGAUUCUCCUGCCUCAGCCUCCCGAGUGGCUGGGAUUACAGACAUGUGCCACCACUCCCAGCUAAUUUUGUAUUUUUAGUAGAGAUAGGGUUUCUCCAUGUUGGUCAGGCUGGUUUUGAACUCCCGACCUCAGGUGAUCCGCCCGCCUCGGCCUCCCAAAGCGUUGGGAUUACAGGCGUGAACCACCGUGCCCAGCCAAGAUCUACACUAUUAUGUCACCCCAGAAAGUGAACUCUCACUCUUCCCAGCCAGUGUCUUUCUUAUCAUAGGUUAGCUUGCUUAUUCUGGAAUUUCGCGUAUACAGAUGCAUGCCAUGCCAUAGGUACUCUUUUGUGUCUGCUUUGUUCUGCUCAACACCAUGUUUCUGAAAUCAUUACCAUUGUUGUAUGGUUCUCUAACUCCAUCAUUUCCAUUUCAGACUCAGCAUAUGCUGAGUUCAACCUGAUGAAGGGCUAUCUCUGUUUAAUUCACCAUCUUGAAAGAAACAUUUAAAAUUGAGAUGUUUUCAAGAAUAUAUAGUUAAAUCCUGAGGAAUCGAUGUAGAAAUGUUAUCACAAGCUGUCUGAACUUACUCAGGGGAAGUCUUCAUCUUCACUCACAUAAGAGUCUAAUGGAAUUAAUAUCAACAAUCUUAGAGAAAUCCCACACUAUUCAUGCCAUUUUCAUGAUCUCCGCCUUGGUUAUCAAUACUCUGGCUGUCUAUCGUCAUCGUGAGACUGACUUUUGUGGAGGAGUUCGAGACCACCCUGGCCAACAUGGCAAAACCCCAUCUCCACAAAAAUUGGAUAAUUUGAUAAUUAUCAUUAUUGAGUUUCUGAGACCUUACACAUUUACCAUUCUCUUCUGCACAAAUUACCUUUGUUUGUCUUUCCUGAAGACUAUCUUCCAGUCUGAAAAUGGAUAUGAUGGAUCCACAGAUGUACAGCAGAGAGCCUGGAGGUCCAACCGACAUAGACAGGAAGGAAAUAAAAUUGGCCGGAAAGACGUCAUUACUCUACGGAGACAUGUGAAAAGAAAAGUUAGAGCUAAAAUCCAUAAGAUGAAGGUGACAACGAAAAUCAACCAUCAUGACAAAAUCAGUGGAAAGGGGAAGACCGCCAAAAAACAGAAAAUGUUUCAACGUGCGCAAGAGUUGCGGCGGCGGGCAGAGGACUACCACAAAUGCAAAAUCCCCCCUUCUGCAAGAAAGCCUCUUUGCAACUGGGUCAGAAUGGCGGCAGCGGAGAAUCGUCAUUCUUCAGGAUUGCCCUACUGGCCCUACCUCACAGCUGAAACUUUAAAAAACAGGAUGGGCCACCAGCCACCUCCUCCAACUCAACAGCAUUCUAUAACUGAUAACCCCCUGAGCCUCAAGACACCUCCCGAAUGUCUCCUUUGUCCCCUUCCACCCUCAGUGGAUGAUAAUAUCAAGGAGUGUCCUCUUGCUCCUCUUCCACCCUCUCCUCUUCCACCCUCAGUGGAUGAUAAUCUGAAGGAGUGUCUCCUUGCUCCUCUUCCACCCUCUCCUCUUCCACCCUCAGUGGAUGAUAAUCUGAAGGAGUGUCUCCUUGCUCCUCUUCCACCCUCUCCUCUUCCACCCUCAGUGGAUGAUAAUCUGAAGGAGUGUCUCCUUGCUCCUCUUCCACCCUCUCCUCUUCCACCCUCAGUGGAUGAUAAUCUGAAGGAGUGUCUCCUUGCUCCUCUUCCACCGUCUCCUCUUCCACCCUCAGUGGGUGAUAAUCUCAAGACUCCUCCCUUAGCUACUCAGGAGGCUGAGGCGGAAAAACCACCCAAACCCAAGAGGUGGAGGGUGGAUGAGGUGGAACAAUCACCGAAGCCCAAGAGGCGGAGGGCGGAUGAGGUGGAACAAUCGCCCAAGCCCAAGAGGCAGAGGGAGGCCGAGGCACAAUUACCCAAACCCAAGAGUUGGAGGGUGGAUGAGGUGGAACAAUCACCGAAGCCCAAGAGGCGGAGGGCGGAUGAGGUGGAACAAUCGCCCAAGCCCAAGAGGCAGAGGGAGGCCGAGGCACAAUUACCCAAACCCAAGAGGCGGAGGUUGAGUAAGCUGAGAACACGCCAUCGCACUCAAGCCUGGGCAAUAAGAAUAAAUCCGUGGGUCGAAAAAAAGAAAAAAAUCAAAAAAUAAAACAAAACCCACACUCCAACACUCCAAAAACAAACUAACAAAGAAUAAAUAAAUAAUAUAAAAAUAAAAUAAAUACUGCAGUCCUUAUGUUAUUGCUUUGUUUCAGUAUCUGGUAUGAUUGCCUGAGGGACCUGAGGUUUUUAAUUAAUUGUGGGGU